AACUGUGAGGGUAACAGUUGAGAAUCUGAAACAUUAGGGGUAGAAAGGAAGUUCUUGUGAAUUUGAUAGCGGUAGUCUGGUAGAAAUGAAGAUCAACCAACCAAGAAAGAAAGACGUUAAACCAAAAUUCCUCCAUUGACUUGGAAGACUCCAUUCCAUCCACUCAAGAGCAGUGGCAGCUGUUUUAGAUUCACAGCAAGCAUACUGGGACGGUAUAUAGAUCCCAUGAUCUUUCACUUCCAUCCCAGUCGUAUUCCUCCUUAAGCCUGUACGAUGUCUUUCUCCUCCUACACUGGAAGUGGUGGCAACACUCGCCGUGGCAACAUCUGGCCCAACUCGUCUCCUCUACCCACCACCUCUCCCACCCCGACCAAAUCAAAACACCCAUCAAGAAAGUCACGCAAAGGGACGGCUCUGAUUAAUUUCAUAUUCUCAAACUUCUUCACCAUCGCUCUCUCCAUCUCUCUCUUGUUCCUUCUAAUAACAAUCCUCCUCUUUGGUGUCCCAAAUCCCCUCAUCUCCUCUCCUUUUAAAUCAAAGCCUCCUCCUUCUUUCAAGGUCCGGAAUCGAAAGCCCCCUCAAAAAGACAAUAACAGAAACAAGAACAAUAACAGCAUCAACGAAGGCGGUGGUGGGGCUACUGUGGAUAUAACCACAAAGGGUUUGUAUGAUAGAAUCCAGUUCUUGGAUGAGGAUGGUGGGCCGUGGAAGCAAGGGUGGAGAGUGAGCUACAAAGGGAACGAAUGGGAUAGUGAGAAAUUGAAGGUUUUUGUGGUGCCUCAUUCACAUAAUGAUCCAGGCUGGAAGCUAACUGUGGAGGAGUAUUAUGAUAGGCAAACAAGGCAUAUACUUGAUACAAUCGUCCACACACUUUCCAAGGAUUCUCGUCGGAAAUUCAUAUGGGAAGAGAUGUCUUAUUUGGAGAGAUGGUGGAGGGACGCAACUGUGGAGAAAAGAGAAUCCUUUACCAAUUUAGUCAAGGCAGGCCAGUUGGAAAUUGUUGGGGGCGGUUGGGUAAUGAAUGAUGAGGCUAAUUCUCAUUUUUUUGCCAUAAUCGAGCAGAUUACAGAGGGGAAUAUGUGGUUGAAUGACACCAUUGGGGUUGUUCCUAAGAAUUCGUGGGCAAUAGAUCCAUUUGGUUACUCUCCUACCAUGGCCUAUCUGCUCCGUCGUAUGGGUUUCGAGAACAUGCUUAUUCAAAGGACCCACUAUGAGCUGAAGAAGGAACUUGCUUUGCGAAAGAAUUUAGAAUACGUUUGGCGUCAAAACUGGGAUGCUGAGGAAAGCACUGAUAUUUUUGCACACAUGAUGCCCUUCUAUUCCUAUGAUAUUCCUCAUACUUGUGGACCAGAGCCUGCUAUUUGUUGUCAAUUUGAUUUCGCUCGAAUGCAUGGCUUUAAUUAUGAAUUGUGCCCUUGGGGCGAACAUCCAGUGGAAAUCAACCAUGAAAAUGUACAGGAGAGAGCCGUAAAGUUACUGGAUCAAUACAGGAAGAAAUCAACUCUGUACCGGACUAAUACUCUCCUUGUUCCUCUCGGUGAUGAUUUCCGCUACAUCAAUAUUGAUGAAGCAGAAGCUCAGUUUCGGAAUUACCAAAUGUUAUUUGAUUACAUCAACUCUAAUCCUAGUUUAAAUGCAGAGGCAAAAUUUGGUACUUUGGAAGAUUACUUUCGCACUCUUCGUGAAGAGGUUGAUAGGAUAAAUUAUUCUCUUCCUGGAGAGGUUGGCUCUGGUCAGAUAGGGGGUUUUCCAUCUCUAUCAGGUGACUUCUUUACUUAUGCUGAUAGGCAACAGGACUAUUGGAGUGGCUAUUAUGUUUCAAGGCCUUUCUUUAAGGCUGUUGAUCGGGUACUAGAGCAAACACUUCGUGCUGCUGAAAUAAUGAUGGCUUUGUUGCAUGGUUAUUGCCAGAGAGCACAAUGUGAAAAAUUGGCCACAGGAUUUGCCUACAAGAUGACUGCUGCAAGGAGGAAUUUAGCUCUUUUCCAACAUCACGAUGGGGUAACUGGCACUGCUAAGGAUCAUGUAGUUUGGGACUAUGGAACUCGCAUGCAUACUUCUUUACAGGACUUGCAAAUUUUCAUGUCCAAAGCUAUUGAAGUACUUCUUGGUAUUCGCCAUGAUAAAUCUGACCAUAACCCAUCCCAGUUUGAGUCGGAACAGGUGAGAUCUAAAUAUGAUGUUCAGCCAGUACAUAAGGCAAUCGGUGCUCGCGAAGGAACUUCACAAUCUGCUGUGUUUUUUAAUCCCUUGGAGCAAAGUAGAGAAGAAAUUGUGAUGCUUAUUGUUAACAGGCCAGAUGUCACUAUUCUGAAUUCAAACUGGACUUGUGUCCCAAGUCAAGUGUCCCCUGAAUUGCAGCACGAUAAAAGCAAAACUUUUACUGGAAGGCAUCGUGUCCACUGGAAAGCUUCUGUUCCUGCCAUGGGGUUGCAAACAUAUUAUGUUGCCAAUGGUUUUGUGGGAUGUGAAAAAGCAAAACCAGCAAAACUUAAAUACUUCUCGAUGUCCAAUUCGUUUUCUUGCCCUGCUCCGUAUGAUUGCUCCAAAAUUGAAGGUGGCGUGGCUGAGAUUCAGAAUCAACAUCAAACUCUCACCUUUGAUAUCAAGCAUGGUCUGCUGCGGAAAGUAACUCAUAAAGAUGGUUCCAUAAAUGAUGUGGGUGAAGAAAUAGGAAUGUACUCUAGUUAUGGAAGUGGGGCCUACCUUUUCAAACCCAAUGGUGAUGCUCAGCCUAUCAUUGAGGCUGGUGGGCACAUGGUGAUAUCUGAGGGUCUAAUGGUGCAGGAAGUGUACUCGUAUCCUAAAACGACUUGGGAGAAAACCCCCAUCUCCCAUAGCACUCGAAUUUACAAUGGAGAUAAUACUGUAGGAGAAUUGCUUAUCGAGAAAGAAUACCAUGUUGAGCUUCUUGGCCAAGAUUUUAAUGACAGGGAAUUGAUAGUUAGAUACAAGACAGAUCUUGAUAAUAGAAGGAUUUUCUAUUCUGAUUUAAAUGGCUUUCAGAUGAGCAGGAGAGAAACUUAUGAUAAGAUUCCCAUGCAGGGCAAUUACUAUCCUAUGCCCUCUCUAGCAUUCAUGCAAGGAUCCAAUGGUAAGAGGUUUUCUGUCCAUUCUAGACAGUCACUGGGUGUGGCCGGCCUUAAAGAAGGAUGGUUAGAGAUUAUGCUUGAUCGUCGUUUGCUAAGAGAUGAUGGACGUGGUCUUGGGCAAGGAGUGAUGGAUAAUCGCCCAAUGAAUGUGAUCUUUCACAUCCUUUUUGAGUCUAACAUUUCUUCCACUUCUAAUCCUGUUUCCAAUCCUCUUCCCCUGAGCCCUUCUCUUCUCUCUCACUGUGUUGGUGCUCGCUUGAAUUAUCCAUUACAUGCAUUUGUUGCGAAGAACCCCCAGGAGUUAUCUAUGCAACCACCUCCUAGAUCCUUCUCACCUUUAGCAGCUCCCUUGCCUUGUGACUUGCAUAUUGUGAAUUUUAAAGUUCCCCGGCCAUCAAAAUAUUCUCAGCAGGUGACUGGAGAUUCUAGGUUUGUCCUGAUAUUACAGAGGAGACAUUGGGAUACUUCAUACUGUCAAAAUUGUCAUUCUCAGUGCACCAGUGUCGCUAAUAAACCUGUGAAUCUUUUCAACAUGUUCAAGGAGCUUGAGGUGUUGAAUGUGAAGGCAACUUCUUUGAAUCUUUUGCACGAAGACAUAGAGAUGCUUGGAUAUAUGGAGCAGGUUGGGGAUGUAGGUCAAGAGGGACACGUAUUCAUCCCUCCCAUGGAAAUACAAGCAUACAAGUUGGUAUUGCGGCCUCACCAGUGAACGCAGAAAAUUGAUUGGACUAUGAUAUGUCUUUGCAGGUGUUGAUAGUAUGUGGAUGAGUUGCAAAACAGAAUUAACUUUUCUACCUUAUUGUACAUUAUCAAACUUCAAGAGCAAAAUCAUUUAUGGGAUGCCAUCCCAUGAAAUACAGUCAAGGUUGUCUUGGAAGCAGGUGCCGUUGUGCAGAAGUCGCAAGGCUGUCAGCAGAAUGAUUUAAUGGAGUGGUCAAAGUUUAGCUAAAAAUUUGCAUGGAAGGCCUUGAUGCAAGUUUUUUUUUUCUUGUUCUUGUGUACAAUUCAUGUUAUCCAUUAGAUAAAAAUUCUGACUUGACGUGAUCAAGAGAUCUGCUGCGGGAAUUUUGCUGCAUACGCUAGUGCCUUGGUUACUGCUAUCGUGAUGCCUUUUCUUUCAUUGCAUACCAUAAAAUGGCCAGUCGUUAGUUCAA